UCACUAUCGCCUGGACCGAUUUGGACCAUGCUAUGCAUGUACGAAAGGUUAUGUGUGUACCAAUGAGGGCGUUAACCUAGCACCUGGAUUCUACUGGGUGUGGGAAAGUAAUGACACUUUACAAAACUACCUUGCCUUUAAAGAUGACUUGAACAUUACUGGAGAAAAUUACAAAACAAGAAAAUUCAAAGGAAACGUUCCAGAUGCUCACGCCUGCCCUUCUGCGCACACUUGCCUCGGAGGAAGCAUGGCCUCGUGUGCCACAGGUUAUACAGGACCUUUGUGUGCUGUUUGUAAUAAGGGAUACACUAACGUGAUGGCACAAUGUCGACCGUGUCCAUCUCUUCCAUGGAUCAUAGCUCAAGCAGUUUUAUUUGUGAUAUUCGUCGUCAUACUCUUGGGACUCAGUAUUUGGAAAACAAAGAAGGAAUCAAAAGAUAUGACAGAUCCAUCAAGGUCGAUUUCAGAUAUUUUUCUGGCAAGGCUUAAGAUCAUCAUCGGUUUCUAUCAAGUUUCUUCAGGCACGUUUGAAUCGUUCUCGUAUGUCAACUGGCCAGCACCCAUUCUUAUCGUUAUGAAAUACGCCAAAGCUGUUCAGUUGAACCUUCUUCAAAUAGUCCCCUUGAACUGUAUCCAUGACCAAAUAAAAACAGAUGCUUACACGUAUUUCUUGACAAGUGUCGUCAUAACAGUUGCUGUUGCAGUCACUGGCAUCUUGCUGAACACUGUCAUUACGUUCUACGCUAACAGGAMAUCCUUUUCUAGUACAAGAGAAAAACAGAGRAAAUUCGCUGAAUAUAAACAGAGGAGUAACCGAUGUUUGAUCCUGAUCCUUUUCAUUACUUUCCCAUCGACGUGCACCAGUGUCUUCCAGAUGUUGCCUGCUGCAUGUCACAGGAUCUGCUCGUAUGAUGACCAGAACUGUAAAUCAUACCUCAAAGCUGAUUACUCAGUACAGUGUGACACAGAAAAACAUCAAAUCUAUGGGACCCUGAGCACAGUGACAUUACUGUAUUGCACUGGCUUACCAUUGGCUCUCUUCUUGGUUCUCAAACGUGCACGAGGGAAAAUAAAGAAAAACAGUGUCAUCUUGAGCAGCCUUCGUUUUCUGUACGAAAACUACUCACCCAGCUGUUGGUUCUGGGAAAUCUUAGAGCUGGUGCGAAAAAUGUGUUUAAGCGCGAUACUGAUAAUGAUGAACGCUGAGAGCCGAACAAGUUUGGGCUUAACUGCAAUGUUAUCAGGUCUGUGUUCUGUUUCCUUUGCACUCUACAAGCCGAUCGAAGACACGUUUGAGCACUGGUUACAACUAGUAUCCCUGUUGGCAAGUUCUGUUAACUUUACUGUCGGGAUGUUGAUGAAAAUUCCCAAGGAAGAUUCGUCGUCAGGAAUUACAAGCACAGCUGAUGAGCUUACAAUUACAGUCAUGCUGAUCGGAACUAAUGCUGCAGUGAUCAUCAUCAUUAUAACUCAAUAUCUGUCAAGUAUCGUGGCUAAAAUCAAUAACUUGAAGAAAAAUCCUCGAUGUAACACAUCGUGCUGUCUUGAGGUUCUUCAACUGGUCAGCGAAGCACAUGGCGAAGUAACAGCCAUUUGUAGUGAGCCGAGAAUAAUGAAGCAGGAUACGAGCGGGAAAAAUGACAAUAUCGAGACACUUGGCGAUUGCCCCAGUAACAUUCGGGACAUUUUAGUCCAAGACAAUGGACAUGAACAAGAUAAAGCUAAUAAUCAGGAAAGCAAGGCAAUGGAUACUAAAUUUUAGGCAGGGGAGCUCGCCUCAUCAUCCAAACUAUCUGCGCGUAGGAAUUUUUUUUCUUUUUUUGCUUUUGUCAAGCAUAAAUUCAUUUGAUGUCGGAACUGAUAAAUAAACAUUCCAGAGGACAGAUUGGAAAAAAAAUCUCUUCUCGUAAGAUUGGUUUGCAUGUCAAGCUUGCAUAAAUAGCUGUCGCUCAAAAACAAAAUCAAUAUUACGUAGAUUCAAGCUCGCGAGCUGGUUAACUUAGUCCAAUACACCUUCUCGACUCGGGCGUAAUGUUUUCCCAUUUCAGACCUGGUGUCAU